UCCAUCUUCACCUUCGACAUGUCGACAUUCAAGAACCCCAAGCUUGACAGACACCUCAUGGAUACGAUAUAGGCGCUCAGAAAAUCGACUACGACAUCCGUCAUCGUCAAAGGACCCUCUAGCAGCGUCGUGUACAUCGCAAGUUCGCAACACGCGACCACCAUCGCCUUCGUGCAACCAACACAACGAUCACGAUCACCUUGUCAGCAAUCUUCUGUAGCAAGAUCUCCUCUCUCAAGAUCUACACACAAGACAAUCAUUCAAAGUAGUCAUAACGACCUCGAUCGACAAGGCGCACAUCAUCAAUACCCAGGGCCAGGAUCAAACGUUGAUCUCGCCAAAUGUCCACGCCUGCUCCGAGGAGGCCUUUGUCGGCUAGACAUACCAAGAACCCUUCUUUUUCUACUUCCAUCCCGACCUCCGGUACAGCACCUACAUCUCAAGUGACCGCUGGGAAAAGGACGGUUUCGACGGGCAAGAGCAUCCCCAGCCCGAACAGAUCUACAUCGCAGACAUCGCAGUUCUCAAAGAGAGACGAUCUUACUUCCAAGAUUGCCAACCUAGAAACUCAAAAUGCUCAGCUCUCCCGGCACUUAACCGACCUCACCGCCGAUGUCGAGCGUACCGAACAGGCCUUGGUCGAAAGGGACGUUCUGUUGGAAAGGACAAGGGAACGGUGUAGAGGGUUAGAGAAGGAGGUAGGAGGUUGGAGCAAGAGAUUGGAACAGCGGGAACAAGGUUUCGAUCUCGAACGUGAACAAUGGGCUGCGGCGGACGAACAGAGUCGAUCCAGAUUAGAGAGGCUGGAGAAGGAGAGAACGAGGUUGACGGAACAGCUCGAAGAGGCCAAAGCAGAGCGGGAUGGACAAGCCCAUGCGCAUGCGAUGGAAGAUGACGAUGUCGCCAAGGACAAGCUCCGCUCGACCAAUACGGCAAACGCGGCGGAGCUGGCUCGUCUGGCCGAAUCUCUCAGCGCGACCCAGACCGCCUUCUCGCAACUCCAAAAAGCGCACCUCGACCUCGAACACGCCUUUGCUCGCUCAGAAUCUAUGCUUCGGGAAGAAAAAGAGAUCAACGAGCGUCUGAGGGAAGAAAACGAAGUCUGGGAAAAGCUGGUGGGAACAAGGACGAUCGAUGGGACCAUCGGGAUUGGGCUGGGGAUCGGAUUUGGGGGCCAGUCCAGGAUCGAACAACAGGGCAGCGUGAGGUCUACCCUGGGAGUCGGGAUGGGCUCUGUCUCGCGGGCGAGUAGAAGGGAGAGAGGGAAGAGCUUGGCAGACGAGCUAGGAGGGUUCGAUCUCGAGGCGUUUGGGACGGGCGAGAUGGGCGAGACUGGCAAGGCCGCGGACAUCGCAGAGGAUGUGGACGAUGGUGAGAUGGACAAGAUGAGGGAAGAGAAUGAGGAAUUGCGGCUCGAGCUGAAACAGAUGUCCGAGGCGAACCGUGGGCUGAGGUUGUACUGCUCCAAGAUUCUUGAUCGUAUCCUCAGUCAUUCGGACUCGGAACAAUUCCUGGCGGACGUCUCUUCGGACCCGGCUACCUCGCGCAAGAUCCCCGUUCGGCCCACAAGACAGCGUCAAGCGAGCAACCGGUCUCGACCCCAGAGUUUCCUGCAGCAGAGUAAUUCCGAGGAACGCGUCGUUCAAGUCGACCCCAAGACGGGAUUGAGACCGUUGAGCAUGUUGGCAGGCAGGAACGAUUCGAGGGAGACGGCCUCGCCCGAGCCUAUCAAGGAGCAGACAGAGGCGGCUUCGGAAAAGAGGGCCCGACGUGGACUCUCGCUCAAUUGGGGAUCGUUUGCAGGGUUUGGCGGAUCAGGCGGGACUCCCUCACCCAGGACGGAGAACGGUCCAACCAUACCUGAGGCCCGUUCCGGAAGAGAAUCGCCGGUAGCUCGUCUAGGCGGACGAAAACUGCAAACGCACGAGGAAGACGACGAGGAUCGGGUCGAGCGUGAACGGCUCGCGGCGACCAUGAAACUUAUGGGCGUGGAAGCUCCUGCUCGGACCCAAUCUCCCCAGCUCUUAUCGCCCAACGUGACCGGACCAGGGAUGAUGCAGCGAUCGAACAGUGCUCAGAGCUUCAACUCGGCUGCCUCAUCCACAGACAAUGCAAGGCCUGCCAGGCCCGUCUCACGAUGGUCUUCCUUCUUUGGCCGAUCUCCUAGCGCCGAACCUGUCAGCAUCGAGUCGAGCACGCCCAUUACCGAGACUUUGGUCGAGCCGCCCCCCUUCGGAGAUCUUGCCGAGACCAUUAAGCAGGCACACGUACAGAGGAAGAAGGAAGAGUUCGAAACGCUCAUGAACAACAAGCACCUUACUGAAGCGCCCAAAAGCGUGAUGGACAUCAUCGCUGCGCGGUCCUCCAGAUCGCAACACGGCGCAAAGAAGUCGGUCGAUUCGAUGGGUUCGCUCGAAGACAUGAGAAACCCCAUGAUGAUGCAGAACGACCUCGAACGAGACGCCGAGCACAAACCAAAGGGCAGCAUUUCGACCCUGUUUGAUGUCUCGGUACAUGACAGCUAGACUGGUAGCCUACCCUUAUGACCAUGACGACUUGAUGACAAUCUGUUGGUUCAGGACUGAGAUAGGACCGCUCGGGCGGCGAUGGACAGAGAAUGGUUUUCCGGUCUUGUGAUUGCCUGCGGCGAAAGAGUUGAAGAUCUUGACAUGGGUAUAUCGCAGAGAACAUAAUGAACUAUAUGGAUGA